AUGUCGUUCAACGCACCUAAGGGAUCUACCCAAGGCGACGAUCGGACAUCAUUCGACAUCCAUCACGAGCAUAUCAAGAUCUGCGCAGACGCUGAAAGCUUCGCCGCAUCCGCCGAAGUCUUCAGCAUUUUUACCGAUCUCCCCAAAGCUUCUGUUCAUCCGAUCAGGUUGCCCCGUGAUCUGACGACAACUGUCCAGACUACCAUGGAACGUGCUGACCCACAUUCGCCUGUCCUCGAUCCUCCCGUCGACUGGACCUCCGCCAGGAUCUACCAGAAACUUCGUGGGGAGAAGUGCAACGCACAGAGGAACCUGGACAGCCUCUUCAGCCGCAACUUCACUACUGACGAGUACCUGCAUCUGACGCGAGACCUGGUCCCUGGAUCUGCAUUGCAAGAAGCUCGGGCGUUUCUCAAAUCCACUGAGGCUUACGAUACUGAAAACCCGAAGAUUUUCCCGCUAGUCUAUCGGGCAGUCGCAGAGCAGUUGGGCAUUUUCCACGAGUCUCUCAAGAAUGUUGCAACCUACCAUUCCGACGCCUCCACCAUGGAAGACUGCGCCAAGUGCCUGCCUGAGCAGUACUGUGAGCAAAGGCUGAUCACCGAGGCCGCCCACCUCAGCCUUGCCCUGCUCGUUGCAUCCACAAUUUCUGAGGCUAGGAUGUUCAGGAUGGCCCAGAAGAAUAGCCUCCUGCAAUUCUGGUCGGAGCAGGACGCCAUGAAGGACGAUGAAGGAGGAGUGGAUGGCCAGACGAUCUUGUAUGAUCUCAGCGAUAGCGGAGAAGAAACGGAGGUGGGUACGUGUACGUCGGACGCGGAUGAAUCUGUCUAG